UAUCGCCGAGAUGGUCGUAACCAAAGUGGGCCAAUGGUCGAACGUCGAAGAUGAAGUUUUGAAGGCCGCCAUCUCCAAGUAUGGACUUAAUCAAUGGGCGCGAUGCGCCUCGCUCCUUGCGAAGAAAACGGCCAAACAAUGCAAAGCGCGAUGGAACGAAUGGCUGGACCCCUCGAUCAAGAAGACAGAGUGGUCGCGCGAGGAUGACGAGAAGCUGUUGACGAUGGCCAAAAUACUUCCGACACAAUGGCGUACGAUUGCCCCUAUCGUCGGACGGACAGCUACACAGUGUUUGGAGCGAUACCAGAAGCUUUUGGAUGAGCAGGAAGCUCGUGAGAGUGGGGAAUUGGGUCUUUUGGGACCUGAAGGCGGAGAAUCAGCAGCCCCGACCGCUGAAGAUGUACGGCGCUUACGCCCUGGCGAGGUCGAUGCAUACUCCGAAAGCCGACCUGCUCGCCCUGAUGCGAUCGAUAUGGAUGAAGAAGAUAAGGAGAUGCUGUCGGAAGCGCGGGCGCGUCUUGCCAACGUGAGUGGUAAGAAAGCCAAACGAAAGGCUCGCGAACGACAAUUGGAGGAAUCUAGAAGGCUGGCAUUACUUCAGAAGCGCCGAGAACUGAAAGCUGCUGGAAUCAACAUCAAGAUAACGGCGAAGAAGGGCAAUCACAUGGAUUAUAAUGCCGAUGUACCUCUUGAAAAAGAAGUGCCUGCUGGCUUUUACGAUACCAUGGAAGAACUGGACCGAAACGAACGCCAACGGGAGGCUUUUGAUCCAAGGAAACAACAACUUGCAAAUAAGCGCAAGGCUGAACAACAAGAAGAUCAAGUAGACAAUAAACGGAAGAAGAAUGAAAAGACGGGAGGGCUGGCUGCCUCCUACGCUAAGGCUGCCCAGAUGCAGAGGAUCCGAGAAGCAGAGCAGAGCAGCAAACGACGUGCACUUACGCUUCCCGCGCCUCAAGUUGGAGACGGCGAACUCGAGGAUAUUAUUAAAAUGGGCAUGACUGGAGAGCGUGCAAUUGCAAGUGGUAGCGGUGACCUUGGUGCUACACAAGGCUUGGUGGGCAACUACACUAAUCUGGUUGGAAACACACCCAUUCGCACUCCCAUGGCACCCAAGGAAGAGGACGUCAUUGCAAACGAGAUCCGGAACGCCCGACUACGUACCCAAGUUGGAUCAGCUCUCCUUGGAGGAGAUAAUCCGGACCUUGUGGAAACCAGCGGGUCUUCGACACUAUCCGGCUCAACCCCGCGACACCAAAUUGUCACGCCUAACCCGCUGGCAACCCCAUUCCGACAGGCCAAUGGAGGGGCUGGCGCUACACCAAUGCGUCAGGGACCCGGAGCGACCCCUAUGCGAACUCCGCGUGAUAACUUCCGUUUGAACCAAGAGGAUGGCACGCAACUUGUUGCGCAAACCCCACGCGAUCUGCGGCUGCAAGAAAAUGCCAAGCGACAGGAUAUGCGGAGCAAACUUGCUGCACUCCCGAAGCCAAAGGAGACUAGUUGGGAAUUUGAGUUGCCAGAGGAGCAGGCAGACACUGUGGCUGUGGAAAUGAGCGAGGAGGAUGCCGCAGAGCGGGAUCGACGGAAUCGUCUAGCCAAGGAAGCAGCAGAGCGUGCCGAAUUUGCCCGGCAAACCCAAGUCGUUCAAAAGGCGCUUCCUCGACCCUCAGUGAUUGACAUCGAUGCGCUGUUGAGAAGGGCUGAGGAUAUUUCAGACCCUGUCCAGCGCGAGGUAGAGAUUGAGAUGGCUAUCCUAAUUGCCAAUGAUGCACAGAAAUUUGGGGGCGGCAAGGUAUCUGGCAGUUCGCGACCAGUGGAAAGGUUCGAGGACAAGGCACUUGACGCGGCCAAGAUGGAGUUGGCAUUGGAGAUGUCGACGAAGGCGGAAAAGGAAAAAAGAGCAUUCCACGAGAACUUCGGGACCGCGUGGACCAAUCUGCAUAACUCGUCGACUCUACCCGGGCUGGGAGGGUAUGAAGAAGACGAAGUGGAUGAGCAUCAGAUGAUGGUGGAAGCAUUCAACAACACGCAGGACAAGAUGAUUGAAAUGGCACAGCAAGCCAACAAGGUGGAGAAGAAGCUGACGACGCACCACGGAGGGUACAUGAAUCGAUCUGCUCUGCUCAAGCAAAAGAUUGCGGAUGCAUCGGCGGCACUGGAGAAGGCGAAGAUCAGCCUAGACUCGACUCGGACGAUGCAGUACUCUGAGCAAUCUGGCAUCAGUCGACGACUGGAAGGGCUGCGCGAGGAAGUUUCUUUUGUCAGCAAGAGGGAGCGGGAGACACAGGAGCUGUACAGGACGCGUCGAGACGAGCUGGAGGGGCUGCGGGAGCGAGUCAACGGGGUGCAUUGA